CAUUAAGGGAACGACACUCCAACCAUUUUGAAUCCGGUAUGCAGUGUUUUCCUUACGACUUUCCAGGUGCAAGGUCAUAUAAUCUUUAUUCAAACCAACAAAAAGAAAAACAUGAACAAGAAUAUUUAAAGAAACCACCGGCUAAAAGAGUAAAUUAUAAAAAAUUACAGGUUACUAGUCCUUUUGAACCUGGAUUUGAGGCACUGGUCGGGAUUGAGCCAACGAAAGAUGGUAAGGACACACCACAAAUAGGCAUUAAACAGAAACUAUGGUUAUUUCGCGGUGCAAAAAAUAUCAAACUCCUUGAAACAUAUUGUCUUCCUACUUGUUCCGAUAAUGUUGAAGAUUUUUUGGUGAAAUUUAAGGCACAAAUUAGGGAUUCGUUUGCGAAACGUGGGGUUUCCUUAUUUCCUGAAUAUAGCGAUUGCUGGAAUCUUGAACAAACUUUGGUGAAUGUUAGGAUAAAUUUAUUGGCAAGAGGGUGUCCAAAAUCGAAUGCUAUUAUUUACAAGAUUGGAAAAAGAGAUGUUUAUCAAAAGUGGGAGAAAAAAAUAACAAACAAUAGGGAUCUUUUAACUGAUGACAUUGACGAUAAGGAUAUUCCAUGCGUAGAUGACAUAAUUGGAUAUAUAACAACCGGUCAAUUUUCUUUUAGCCAAGGGCAUGGAUUUGGAAUCGGAUGUUGUUCUGUUGUCAAGUGUUUGGAAAUGAUCAAAGUAGAACGAAGGUAUAUUUAA